AUGAAGUUAAGUGAUGUUUGUUUGGGGGCGCUGUUGGCGUCCCUUGGUUCUGCUGGGUAUAUUACGAAACGUGACGUUUCCCAGGUCGGUGAGGCGAAUAAGAAGCAUGUCUUCAUGUCUUUUGACAAGUUGAGAGGGAAUGACGCGUCUGAGGCGUCAUUAUCGAAGAGACGCGUUGGCCAUUUGAAGAAGCGUGCAGAUGGUUACGUCGACGUUGAAAUCGAUAACCAGAACACGUUUUACUCUGUUGAUUUAGAGAUUGGUACUCCUGCACAAAAGGUUGGUGUUUUAAUCGAUACUGGUUCUUCUGAUUUGUGGGUGCCUGGAUCGGGCAAUCCGUUCUGCUCCGCUUCUAGGUCUUCUUCGAAGAAAAAAAGACAGGAUUAUACUGCCCUGUUGUCGUCUUUACUGAGUGUUUUCGGUACUGAUGUAGCCACCGAUUACACUUACACUGGUAUCGCUAGUGCCACUGGUAGUGCUGGUACGCAAACAGUUCCUACUGCACUCACAUCGGGUACAGUGGCUGCUACUUCUAUAAGAUCUGUCCCAUCAAGCCUGGCCACUUUGGAUUGUUCUGAGUUUGGUACUUUCGACACGUCAAAGUCGUCUUCUUGGCAAUCAAAUGACACUAGAUUCUAUAUCUCUUACGCGGAUGGUACCUUUGCUGAUGGUGAUUGGGGUGUAGAUGAAAUUCACUUGGACGAUGUCAACGUCACGGGGCUCAGCUUUGCUGUCUCGAACUACACAGAUUCCCAAUUCGGUGUCUUAGGUAUUGGAUUGACAGGUUCUGAAUCCACUUAUUCCGGUCAGUUAAGCACCUACAACCGCUAUCAAUACGAUAACUUCCCUAUCGUGUUGCAAAGAAACGGCGUCAUCGAAAAGAAUGCAUAUUCUGUUUUCUUGAAUGACUUAGAUGCGGAUUCUGGUUCUAUCUUAUUCGGUGCCGUCGAUCACAGCAAAUAUACAGGUACGUUGUACACCGUUCCAAUGGUCAACGCUCUCAGAAGCAUAGGCUACACUGAACAGAUUAGAUUAUCGAUCACUCUACAAGGUAUCGGUGUGACGAGCAGUUAUGGUAACGAGACUGUGACACAGACUAAGUACCCUGCAUUGCUAGACACUGGUGCCACAUUCUGUUACUUCCCAAGUAGUUUAGCUGCUGCCAUUGCAAGUUCUGUUAGUGCUACGUACUCUUCCAGUUCAGGAUACUAUUUUGUGGAUUGUGAUUCUGGCAGUGAUUAUGAUCUUGUCUUCGACUUUGGUGGCUUCCAUAUCAUAUCCCCCUUAAGUGAUUACAUUGUUACAACGAGCAGUUCUUCCCAAUGUGUCUUGGGAAUACUCCCUCAAUCUGAUAACGAAAUUACUUUAGGUGAUGCCUUCCUAACCAGUGCUUACGUUGUUUACGAUUUGGAAGAGCUCGAAAUCUCGCUAGCACAAGCUUCUUACACUAGCGGCGACGAAAAAAUCGAGGUCAUCAGGGAUUCAGUGCCAAGUGCUGUUGCAGCUCCAGGUUACUCCAGCACUUGGUCUACUGCCGCAAGUUUAUCUACUGGAGGUAAUAUCUUCACAGUUACCAACAAUGCUAAUGGUACUGUUUCGACUGGUACAGGAUCUUCAGGCUCCGGCAGUUCAACCUCCGGUAAUUCGGGUUCAACCUCAACCGGUUCCUCUUCAAAAAAAGAAGGCGCUGCCUCCAGCUUGCCAGUACCACACUUGGCUGCGCUAAUUUGUCUACUUCUAAGUGCAGUUUCCAUCCCAUCCUUGUUCUGA